ACUCCCCUGUCUCUCUCUCUCUUUCCAUCUCCUUCACUAGCGGAGACACUCUGCCUCCUGAUCUCGCUAAGUACACCACAAGCUACACCCCCACGCGGUCGCCAUCGACGCUCGACCUCGACCUCGACCUCCCCUUCCAUCAUCCCCCCACAUGGAGAAGCCGGUGGCGGAGCAGUGGCGGCUCGACCCCAUCUUCUACCGCCCGCCGGAGACGCCGAUGGAGCCCAUGGAGUUCCUCUCCCGCUCCUGGAGCGUGUCGGCGCUGGAGGUCUCCAAGGCCCUCGCCCCGCCCCCCUCGAUGGCGGGAGCGCCGCCCCUCCCCAAGGGGGUCUCCCCCGGGUCCGCCCUCUGCUGCGGCGGCGACGGCGGCUGCGGCGGCGGGGGGGCGAUCCCGGAGGAUCUGGCCGGGGAGCUCGAGGAGGGCGCGACCUGCUCCGGGAACCCCUUCUCCUUCGCGUCCUCCGAGACGUCCCAGAUGGUCAUGGAGCGGAUCAUGUCUCAGUCGCAAGAGGUGUCGCCAAGAACUUCAGGGAGGCUCUCCCACAGCAGCGGACCGCUCAACGGGGCUCAGAGCUGCGGCUCCCUUACCGACAGCCCCCCCGUCUCUCCCUCCGAAAUCGACGACGCCAAGUUUUGCCGGCCGAACAACCCCCUCAAUGUCCACCAGUUCAGGAUCUCCUCCACACCAGGGGGUGGCGGAGGAGGAGGCGGCGGCGGCGGCGGAGGUGUCGUGGUCAGCGGCGGUGGCGGCAAGACGGUGGGGAGGUGGUUGAAGGACCGUAGGGAGAAGAAGAAGGAGGAGGCCAGGGCCCAGAACGCCCAGCUCCAUGCAGCCAUCUCUGUCGCGGGGGUUGCUGCGGCGGUCGCUGCAAUCGCGGCUGCCACCGCUGCCUCUUCGGCGUCGGGCAAGGACGAGCAGAUGGCGAAGACCGAUGUGGCUGUUGCCACGGCCGCAACCCUGGUGGCUGCCCAGUGUGUUGAGGCUGCCGAGGCAAUGGGGGCUGAGAGGGAGCACGUUGCUGCGGUCGUCAGCUCCGCUGUCAAUGUGCGGUCAGCUGGCGAUAUCCUGACCUUAACCGCGGGCGCGGCUACAGCUCUACGUGGGGCGGCAACUUUGAAGGCAAGGACAUUGAAGGAAGUGUGGAACAUAGCAGCGGUUAUUCCGGUGGAGAAGGGGAUUGGAGGUGCCGCCGGUGGUGGUAGUCUCACCAAUUGUAGUUCAAACAGCAGUAGUGGCGAACUUGUCCCAGAGGAGAAUUUCCUAGGAAUCUGCAGCAGGGAGUGGCUAGCCAGAGGAAAUGAGCUUCUUAAGCGCACUCGCAAAGGUGAUCUUCACUGGAAGAUAGUCUCUGUUUACAUAAACAGAUUCAAUCAGGUGAUGCUGAAGAUGAAGAGCAGGCAUGUUGCUGGGACCAUCACAAAAAAGAAAAAGAAUGUGGUCUUGGAAGUGCUUAAAGACAUGCCGGCCUGGUCAGGCCGUCACUUGCUGGAGGGCGGCGAGAACCGGAGAUACUUCGGGCUGAAGACCGUGAUGAGAGGGAUCGUAGAGUUUGAGUGCCCGAACCAGAGAGAAUACGAUAACUGGACCCAGGGCGUCGCCAGGCUCCUCUCCAUCGCCGCCGAACGAAGGAAAUAGACAUAGAAUUUGAAAGCUCUCGUGUGUGAUUGGGGGAUUUAACUAUGUGGCCACCCUUUCGAAUCGAACUAUAAUCUUUAUAAUCUGUUAAGAAGUUUUUUGUCCCAGGAAGGGGGAAUAUGUAAGUCUUCUUAGAUUUGGGUUGGGGUCUUUUUCUGGUUUCCCUAUUGUAAAAAGGAGGAAUUCAUGGCAAAAUUCCAUCUGGGUCUUCCCUAAAAUCCUAAAUAUUUUUUGGGUUUUCCUCCACCGUAUCAUAUAUUCUUAUUCCUAGUAGAUUUCUUGA